UGCGGCGCCCAGCACUGCAGGGCAGUGUUUACGUGCAUCCUAGCAACGGCUCGCGCGGGUGCCUGGGUGCCGGGCGACACUACAGAGUAUUGCUCUUGCUUUCUGGAUUGUCCCAGAGUCUAAGGCAUUCUUAGGGCUCCAGUUAAUGCGCUAAAGAGGCUGUCCAUUGGAGGGCUCCUCGUCGUUGAUUGGGAAAAAGAAUCUGCAUAGAUUUAAAUUUUGUGUUCUGUGGUUGGCUUGGAGUAUUAACAGACCCAUGGGUGUGGCGUUGACCAGAUCGGCACAGUGGACAGCUGCAGGGUAUGGAACUGGAACCCUGGAGAUCACCCCACUGAACGAGUCAAUAUUGAAUGAAAUUAAUAAGUUUGUGGAGUCUUUCAUUUAUAAAUAUCCCCAAGAGGCAAAAUUCAUUUUUGUAGAACCACUUGAGUGGAAAACAAAUUUGGAGCCCUCAGCAUUUGAAUCAGGUUAUAUUAUCAGUGAAAUGAUUGCCAAAUCAGAAGAAGUUGAUAAAGAUGGAGAGCCCCUGCUGUUUCUUUCUGUGCCUCACAUUCAAGUCAGGAGCUUUGGGCAGCUGGCACAGUUGUUAUCAGCUGCCAAAGACAACAAGCUGCAGGAGGCCCAGGCCUGUAUUGAAGCUAACAGAGACCCUAUCGUGAAAAUCUUGGGCUCGGAUUAUGGUGAAACGAAAGAAGAUUCUACUACCUUAACUAUUCUUGAUACGAUCAACAAAGACAAUGAAACGUAUACCAAAAGGAAAAUUGCCAUCCUGCUGAAGCAACUGGACCUGCAUCUGCUCAAUCAUUCCCUUAAGAACAUCUCACUAGAGAUCCGUUUGAAUCCAGCGACGUUUAAGAAAGACAUUGAGCUGCUCAAACGUUUUUCCGGAAAAGGGGAGCAGACAGUGUUGGAGUCAAUUGAGUACACUUCAGAUUAUGAAUUUUCAAAUGGCUGUCGCGCCCCACCAUGGAGACAGAUUCAAGGGGAGAUUUGUUAUGUGCUGGUGAAACCACAUGAUGUGGAUACUCUGUGCAUCACCUGCAGUGCAGAAGGAGUGUUUUUAAAUGGUGGCAAAACAGAAGAGGAGGGACAAAUUAAUUAUGAGAGACAAGGCGAAAUUUACAAAGACCUUGUUACAUGUUUAAAAGACAAAUCACCUGUAUUUUCAGAAAAUAUGUCUAAGCAGGAGAUUAGAUUCAAUGAGGAACAACAGAGGGAUCCUCAGGUUUAUGAGAAAUCCAAGACAGAAGAUGUCCAAUUAUCUGCAACUAGUUCAGAGAAGAAUAAAAUGGAGAAGAACCAGAUUAACUUUGGGAAAAGUCAUAUGACCAAGAGACUGGAGCCAAGCUUAAACUGGAGAGCAACUGUUGAUUACAAAGACCACAAAAGCUUCAUAAAGGAUAGCCAAGAGGAAAAACAAGGAAAAUUUGAAAAGUCAUCAGCAUCUGUUUCCUCUGGCCGUGCACAGUUACUCCGUAAGGGUGGUGAGAAGGUUGGGGAGACCACCAGUGAGAGCUCCUCAGAGAGUGAGGAGGACGAGGAGCCUCCGGACCACCGCCAAGAAGCCAAUGCUGACUUGCCAUCGGAAUACUGGCAGAUUCAGAAGCUGGUGAAAUAUUUAAAGGGGGGAAAUCAGACAGCAACAGUGAUUGCUUUGUGUUCCAUGAGGGAUUUCAAUUUAGCUCAAGAGACCUGUCAGCUGGCAAUUAGAGAUGUUGGAGGACUUGAAGUCUUAAUAAAUCUACUUGAUACAGAUGAAGUCAAAUGCAAGAUUGGUUCAUUAAAAAUCCUGAAGGAAAUCAGUCAUAAUCCUCAAAUCAGACGUAAUAUUGUUGACCUUGGGGGCUUACCAAUUAUGGUUAAUAUACUCGAUUCUCCACACAAGAGUCUCAAAUGUUUGGCAGCUGAGACAAUUGCAAAUGUGGCCAAGUUCAAGAGAGCCCGACGGGCAGUAAGACAGCAUGGAGGCAUCACCAAGCUGGUUGCCCUGUUGGACUGUGGACAGAAUUCAACAGAACCGACUCAACCAAGCCUGUACGAAACCAGAGAUGUAGAAGUGGCUCGCUGUGGGGCCCUGGCACUCUGGAGCUGCAGUAAGAGUCACUCAAACAAAGAAGCCAUUCGUAAAGCUGGGGGCAUCCCCUUGUUGGCUCGGCUACUGAAGACUUCUCAUGAAGACAUGCUCAUUCCAGUGGUGGGGACCUUGCAAGAAUGCGCAUCAGAGGAAAACUACCGAGCCGCCAUCAAAGCAGAGAGGAUCAUCGAAAACCUUGUGAAGAACCUGAAUAGUGAGAAUGAGCAGCUGCAGGAGCAUUGUGCCAUGGCCAUCUACCAGUGUGCUGAAGAUGAGGAAACCCGGGACCUUGUUAGGCUGCAUGGAGGACUUAGACCCUUGGCCAGUCUACUCAAUAACACAGAUAAUAAAGAACGGUUAGCCGCUGUCACUGGGGCAAUCUGGAAAUGCUCCAUCAGCAAAGAGAAUGUGAUUAAGUUUCGAGAAUACAAGGCCAUUGAGACACUGGUGGGACUUUUAACUGAUCAGCCUGAAGAAGUCCUCGUGAAUGUGGUUGGGGCCUUGGGAGAAUGUUGUCAAGAAUAUGAAAACCGGGUCAUCGUCCGGAGGUGUGGUGGCAUCCAACCUCUUGUGAACCUCCUGGUUGGAAUAAACCAAGCACUUCUUGUGAAUGUCACAAAAGCCGUGGGUGCAUGCGCAGCAGAACCAGAAAGUAUGGUGAUAAUUGAUCGCUUAGAUGGAGUUCGCCUGUUGUGGUCCCUGCUCAAAAAUCCACACCCAGAUGUGAAGGCCAGCGCAGCAUGGGCACUCUGUCCCUGCAUUGAAAAUGCAAAGGACGCUGGAGAAAUGGUUCGUUCCUUUGUUGGUGGUUUGGAACUUGUGGUCAAUCUAUUGAAGUCAGAUAAUAAAGAGGUCCUGGCAAGUGUCUGUGCUGCUAUCACCAACAUAGCAAAAGACCAGGAAAACUUGGCUGUCAUUACAGACCAUGGAGUUGUCCCUCUGUUGUCCAAACUUGCCAACACAAACAACGACAAGCUGAGGCGCCACCUGGCAGAAGCUAUCUCACGCUGCUGUAUGUGGGGAAGAAACAGAGUGGCCUUUGGGGAGCACAAAGCGGUGGCUCCAUUGGUGCGUUACCUAAAAUCGAAUGACACCAACGUACAUCGAGCUACAGCUCAGGCCUUGUACCAGCUCUCAGAAGAUGCUGAUAACUGCAUCACCAUGCACGAAAAUGGCGCUGUGAAGCUUCUAUUGGAUAUGGUCGGGUCUCCAGACCAGGAUCUCCAGGAAGCUGCUGCCGGCUGUAUAUCUAAUAUCCGCAGAUUGGCUCUGGCUACAGAAAAGGCGAGAUAUACUUGAAAUGUGAACCCACACAAACUACCAAAUAACAAGGUCAUACCACUCCCUCUGUCAGGAAGACAGAGUCAAGAAGCAUUUAUUAACCAGUCCUUCAAACAGUCUAAACAAAAACCACAUAGACUAAGACAGAAAUAUUUUUCCUUUAAAAUCACAAGAAUCUUUUUCUUCUAUUUUAUGAAAAGUAAAUAUGUAAUGAAAUAUAAAACCAAUAAAUUUGUGAUAAUUUUCCAA